CCGCUGGGUACUCCGUGUCAUUAUUAUUAUGUUUUUUUUUUUUUUAUGAAUAUUAAGGCUCUCUAUUCUCUAGGUAUUAGAAUCAUCGUGUCACGUCGAUCCGUGGCUGGCUGGUAGUAAAGACUCCAGGUCAUAGAAUUAUAGAAAUUAAUACGAAUACGCUGGUCGAAUUCAAUAAUAUAAUAUUGAGAUAUUCGAUCGCCGCUUUAUGUACGCAGCUGCUGUGGUGUAAACAGUAUAAAAUAUUACGCACUAUAUAAUUAGGUACCCGAGUUUACUUCUGUACAUCGUUUAAUCGUUCAGCCGUCCAGUCGGCGAAUUCAAUACCUACCCAACACGUUCUGAUUUUUACCAAAAUAAGCCGCGGGCUAUAUAAUUUACAUAUUAUAUAAAUUAGAUAUACCUGCCGGUAUAUAAUAUUAUUAUAAAACGAAAUGGCUACUCAGAUAGAAGAAACUCUGAAGAGAAUUCAGACCAGUGACGGUGUCAUCGGAUUCGUAAUAGUAAACAACGCUGGCAUUCCGAUUAAAUCCAACAUGGACGAUGCAAUGUCCGUCCGGUACGCUGGAUUAGUCCAGCAGCUAACCUCGACAUCACAGGUAGCGAUCAAAAAAGACGACCCGACCGAUAAACUGACGUACCUGCGGUUGCGUACCAAAAAUAACGAAAUCUUGGUUAUACCAGAUAAACAUUAUACCAUGGUGGUAAUUCAAAAACCGACUGGCUCUAGAUCACCAAUGUAAAAUUGGCUACAAAAAUUUGCUAUAUUAAUGUUUAUAAUAUGUAUAUAAUUAAACAAUUUAAUAAUAUAAUAAAA